AUGCCUUGUUUGAACAAAGCUUGGCAAACAGUAGCUGCGCGGAAUGACCUUCCUCCGACGGUUGUCCAGGCUCCUUCUAGAACCCAGUUUAAAGCACUAUUAGACAUUUAUUUAUGUGAACGACAGCCACUGACUGACAAGAACAAAAGCGACCCGAGAAACUUGAGCAAAAGCCUCUAUCCUGUGUAUCAAUCUCCUUUGUGCCCAUCUCCUGCUGCGGGCUGUUCCGCAAACGCCGUGGUAUCCAUUCCGCCAAUCCUUGAACCAGCGGCAAUAAGCCAGCAAAUUGUUCUUCCGCUCAACAGCUACAGGAGCCUGGAUAUUAUUAGGAUCUUAUGUCAUGUGCAUUCUGACCUGAACUAUCCUAUUUGUUUUAGUCUCUCAAUCGCGAGCGCUUUAAUUUGUCGGCGUUUACGGGUUCCGUAUGUGAUUUCGUGUAUGCAGUUUGCUGUUAUGUUUGGCGCAAGAUGUAGAGCAUUCCUCUUCUUUCCCGGAUGCAAAUUCGUCUUCCUAAUCUUUGCCAUUGCUUUCAUCGUCACAUGGUCCGUGAUCAAGAUCUUAGAAAUUCAAAAUCCCGGUCAAACGGAACUGCUAAAGCUUAUACAAGUGCCUUAUCGCAGAAGAUUUGGAUCCCACAAAUCCAAAGUUCCGUUGGAACCUGGUCGAUUUCCCUUCGUUUUUUCUGAAGCCGCCGAAGUAAGCCUCACAAGAUCUUCGUCGAAUCGUGAUUUUUCUCAGGUCAAAAGCUGGCCAAUUCUCUGGUUCCGUCACUCUGAAAUGGGCAGAGAAAACAGCACCAUUUUCGACAAACGAUGGUUUGGCAUGCUCAAAACAUGGCAUAACCAACGCAGCUUCUGGUGUUGGGCAUAUUUUCCGAUUGUAGUCUCUAUUUCACAACCGAAAAUUCGCUUUCUCGUUUCCUCAUGA